UCCUUGCUGACUUACACGUUCGAAUUAUAAAUCAUAUCCAAUUGUAUCAUUGGCCAUAGAUUAUGAUACAGAACGCUGCAAGCUGAUGUUCUGUGUCACAUAUUUACGUGUAGGACAGUGAAAUGUUGUUAGUGUAAAUAAUUUUGUUGAAAAUAUCGCAAAAUGUCGCAGGAGGUUAAAAAAGGGAAAAAGAAACAAAUAAAAAAAGAGAAAACUAGUCAGAAGGAAGAGAAAACUACGGAGAAUGCGAAAGAAGCACUGAAAGAGAAUGUCAAUUUAAAAUAUGGGCCAUCUGUGACAUUUCCAUAUCAGAGAGUAUGGUCACGGUGUGCCCUAAUACUUGCAGUACUGUUCAUAGUAUGGUAUAAUAGCAAACAGGGUAAAGAAGUUUAUUUUGCAAAACAGAAAGAAGUUCUGCUAAGCCGUACACAAUAUGUUGAAUGUUCAAAUGAUUAUAAAGCAGAAGUAACUGAAUAUCCUGAAUGUACACCAGAAAAGUGUGGAAGAAUAGUCAGUGAUAAAUUAGUAUCGUCAACAGAAACAGAUAUUUUGUUAAGGAUGGCAAUUACUGGAUUAAAUUUGGGUGGUUCUGAUGGAGGUGCAAGUAUCUUGGAUCUUCAUUCUGGUGCACUGAGCAAAGGGAAAGGUUUCAUUGAUGUUUAUACCUUACCAGAAGCUAAAAAGAUAUUUAAUAGUGCAGAUCUAGCAAUCUAUAAAGUAGUAAAAACUAAGAUACAACACGCAGUAGCACAUAACUUUGGAGUACCCGCUAAUAAAAUAUACUUAACAAGUCCUACAUUCUUUUCACGAAUGACUAAUGCAUCUGCAAAAACAAUACAUGAUGAGUACUGGCAUCCACAUGUUGACAAGGAAACAUACAAAUCAUUUCAUUAUACAUCUUUACUUUAUCUGAAUGAUUUUGGAAGAGAUUUUGAGGGAGGUCGAUUCAUAUUCAUGGAUAAAGACCAUGUUAAUACAACAGUGGAACCUCGAAAAGGUAGGGUGUCUAUGUUUACUUCAGGUAGUGAAAAUUUACAUGCAGUUGAAAAAGUGCAGUCCGGAAUUCGGUAUGCAUUGACCGUGUCGUUCACCUGUGAUUCAAACGCUGCAGUAUCCGAUCCAAAUUACCGUACAAAACAACCAACGUAAACUUAUUAUGUAUGAAACUUACAUUCCACUUAAUUUUCUACAACUGAUGUUUAGGGAUCUCUUUUUUAAAUAAAUUGUUUCUUUAAAAAAAAAAUGAAAGUCGUAUUUCUGUAUAAACUGGUAAAUCUACUUGUAAAAUUGUC